AUGAUGAUUAGUUUCGGGGAGAGCAACACCCCCUCCAUCGCGGUGUCCCCGCGGACUUCGGGUUUUCGACAACUUGCUGCAACGGAACCGGAAGCUCCGACAUGCCGACACGCCGCUGACUCAGUGCCACUGGUGACGGAGACCAGCAUCGUUGGUGCCAUGAGACUUUCUGCUCCCUUGCCCAACACAGCAGCGAUAGGUAUACUAUCUUCUGAUCUAGUGUCUGGCAGUCCAGUCCGACCGAAUGACUUCCUGGGUCGGGCUUGGCAUUACGAUCUAACAAACGAGGGUCUGUCUUGUAACCAUGCCAUCGUGGACCCUCCUAUCUUGCAUGAAAGAAAAAAGUCGCUAGCUGCUGAGGGCGAGGCUGAGAGCGGGCUUCCCGCGGCAAGGCAAUAUGAUGAGGAGUUCGCUUUAGAUAUCGCCCAGGGCAGUGCUGGAGGGGGUAGGUGGUGGAUACUUCCUUCGUCCGUCCAGCUGAGCCCUAAGGUGUAUAACUAG